CCAGCCGUGGGAGGCAGUCCCAGGACUGCAGGGCGCCAUGGCGGGCGCUCUCCGGGCACUGCUGCUGCCGCUGCCGCUGCUGCUGCUGCUGCCCGCGCCCGCGUGGGAGGAGAUUUCAUCUCACAAGAGCAUCGGGGAGUCCUGCGAGAAACACGCCGAGUGCCAGAGCACCUGCUGCGCCACCAACAGCCUGAACCCCCAGAAGUUCUGCACCCCCAAGACCAUCUUCCUCCAGUGCCUCCCUUGGCGCAAGCCCGAGGGGCACAACUGCUCGGACCGCACAGAGUGCCGGAGCGACUGCUGCGUCAGGAGCAGCCACAGCCCGCAGAGGCUCUGCACCGUCAAGACCAUCUUCCUGCAGUGCGUGCCCUGGCGCAAGCCCAACGGCAGCCUGUGCCGCAGCCGCGGCGAGUGCCGGAGCCAGUGCUGCAUCCAGCUGGCCGAGGACAGCCCCAACCGCUGCGUCCCCCGGAGCGGGAUCCUGGCGCAGUGCCUGCCCCUGUGACGUGCGCUCGCAUCCAGGGAGACGACCCGGCCUGGACCGUGGCAGCGCACGCCUGGGCUGGAUGCCAAGGAAAACUGGUCCCAGGCAGGCGGCUGGAGAGCAGCAGGCUUCAUGUCCUAAAUAAACGGCGCCCGCCACAUGAGCACGCUUUGUCACCGCCGUUCCCUUCAGUGAGCCGCUGUGGGUGACCCGGCCUGCUCCCCGGAGCCCGUGCAGCCCGGAGUCAGGCCCGGGAGAGCAGGGCACAGCUCCCCUCCCCCGCUGCCGGCACUUCCACAGCAAGGGAGCCAGUGUGCGUCUGGUAGAAACACCGAGCUGGCGUCUACACCGAGAGACGCUCCCCAGGGUGUCCCACAGCCGCCACAGCCGCCACGGCCCCCACAGCACAAGUGCCCAGGUUCAGGACGUGCGAGUGUCAGAGGAGAUGGGUGGAACUCGGGGUCUCCAUGCGAGGCAGACCCGGGCGCGAGGCAGACAGCAGUGGGGAGCGAGGGCCACUGGGGCCGAGAGAGCCCGGCCGUUAGGGCUGGGGUGAGCGAGGGCCCCCGACGGGCCGGGCGGGCGGCAGGAGAGCGCUGAGCCGCAGCCUGGGGCCAGCCUGGGCCAGUAAGGAAGUGGGGUCCAGGUCUCCCCGCCUCCCUCUUCUCCUGGAGAAGGGUUUGCUGGGAGUGAAGUUGGUAACACUCCUGCC